UGAAAACAUGACAGUGAGGCUUUUACGCUGAAGGUGUAAAACGGAAGUUGUAUUCUCCUGGCGGAACAAAAACAGUGACGCCAGUCUUCCCCACCUCAGCUUCCAGGCAACCAUCGCGUGGAGGAACUACAAGCAUCUUCCUCUGAGUGUCCUGAACUCUGCUGACUAGAAGAUGGCGCACCUGAUGGAAGACCUCCCAAGCGGCCCAUUGGACGUUUACCGGAAGAAAGCCUCCUUCAACUGGAAAGAAAUGGCUGUCUUCUUAGAUGGAGAGGAAAUCCUAGAAUUCAAGAAUCAUGUGUACAACACGUUGGCGAACGAUCCUCUGUUUUCCCGAACACCUGGUGAAGACGUUUCAUUUGAGAAAAUUCGUGAACUGACCUUCCUCAGGAUGAAGCGGCUCUUCUGCUACAACUUCAUUCCCAAAGGCGAGAUAAAUCCUGCAAAGUACUCCACCCUUAACAACGUUUUAGCCAUGUACGACCCCUCACUCUCAGCCAAGUUCUUCCUCAGUGUUGGGAUGUUUGGAGCGAAUGUUGCCUCUUCUGGAUCAGAGCGACACCUCAGAUAUGUGGACGAGAUAAACGACAUGACUAUAUUUGGCUGCUUUGGGCUGACUGAGCUGAGUCAUGGCAGCAACACCAGGGCGUUGAGGACCACGGCCACGUAUGACCCAGCCACACAGGAGUUUGUCAUCCACUCCCCAGAUUUUGAGGCGGCAAAGUUUUGGGUAGGCAAUCUGGGGAAGACUGCCACCCACAUGCAGCUGUUUGCUCAGCUCUACACGCCUGACAAGGUCUGUCACGGCCUUCACAUGUUCAUCGUGCCGGUGAGAGAUCCAAAAACCUUGUUGGCUCUGCCCGGAGUUCUGGUUGGAGAUAUGGGCCCAAAAAUAGGCUACAAUGGAAUGGAUAAUGGGUUUGUCAUGUUUGACAAUGUGAGGAUUCCACGGGAAAAUCUGUUGAACCGGACCGGAGAUGUCACCCCUGACGGUCAAUAUGUUUCUCCUUUCAAGGACCCCAACAAGCGUUUCGGGGCAUCCCUUGGAGCCUUGUCCGGCGGCCGUGUCAGCAUCACCAAGAUGAGUCUAAAUAACCUCAACAUGGGUCUCUGCGUGGCCAUCCGCUUCUCUGCCACCAGGAGACAGUUUGGACCCACUGACAAGGAGGAGAUUCCCGUGUUGGAGUAUCAGCUACAGCAAUGGCGUCUUCUUCCUUACCUUGCUGCGUCAUACGCUGUUCACCAUCUCUGCGAGUUCAUCUUCCAGAGCUACGUUGAGUUCCAGAUGGGACAGAUGAUGAGGGAUAAUGGCGACAGACAAGCAGAUCUUGGCCGAGAGAUUCAUGCCCUCUCCUGUUCCUGUAAGCCGCUGUCAUCCUGGUUGGCUCAGAGGGGCAUCCAGGAGUGCAGGGAGGCGUGCGGAGGUCACGGCUAUUUGGCUAUGAGCCGCCUCGGUGAAUUUCGGAAUGACAACGACCCGAGCUGCACAUAUGAGGGAGACAACAAUGUGCUGCUUCAGCAAACCAGCAACUACCUGCUCGGCGUCAUAGAGGCUAAGAAGCGCAAAGGUGGUCGGAUCGAGUCCCCGCUUCACACUGUUGAUUUUCUGGACGAUUUCCACAAAAUCGUUGGCACCAAAUUCACUGCAAAAACAGCAGAAGAAUGCAUGGACCCUGCAGUUUCUCUGGCUGCCUACAAGUGGCUCUUGUGUUACCUGCUGGAGGAGAGUGGGAAGAGACUGGCGCAGCAGAGGAGAGAGUGCAGCACUGAGUUUGAGGCUCGUAACAACAGUAUGGUGUACUACUGCCGCUCAGUGUCGCUGGCCUACAUCGAGCACGAGUGCUUGCGCAGGUUUGACGAUGCAGUCAGAGCUGAGAGCACACCAGCAGGUCUCAAGCCGGUUCUCCGAAGAAUGUGCGCUCUGUACGGCCUGUGGAGCCUCAGUAACCACAUGGCGACACUGUACCAGGGUGACUACUUCAGAGGGAAGCAGCCGGCCCAGUUAAUUCAGACGACCAUUCUGGAUCUCUGCUCUCAGCUGAAGGAUGAUUCGGUGGCACUGGUGGACAGUAUUGCGCCUCCUGAUUUUGUCCUCAACUCUGCUCUUGGCAAAGCUGACGGGCAGCUCUACAAGAAUAUCUGGUCGACAAUGAUGCAGGCUCCACAUGCGCUGGAGCGCGUCACCUGGUGGCAGGAGUUCUGCUCCAACAAACCUGUGGUUGGAUCACCAAGCUCCAAACUCUAACAGCCUCUGUCAGGGAUGAGUAUAUGACUAUAACUGGGAAAACUAAUGUUGUAGUGACCAGAGCACGACACCUCACCGCCUGAUUCAAAACAACCUUCUCUUCAAUGUUUCAAUUUCACUUCUUGUUCUGGUCGUCUCACCAAUCACUUCCCUCCUAUUUUCACCUCAUACAUUCACCACUUGUAUCGUUCCAUGUCAGCAACAGCCUUUUUUCAAGUGCCAUACGAAUAUUGAGCUAGAAAAUAUUUCAUUUCUCCGUCGCUGUCCAUCUUUCAAAACACGAGCAACUAAACAUAACGUAUAUUGAUAGACAGUUCUUCUAUUUGGUAUGUUUGCUCACAACUUUUUACAGUUAGUUGUAUUUCUAUAACUUCUCCCACUGCUGACGUAAACUUACUGAUGGAAAUUUGCAUCCUGUGGUACAUGUAUAGGAAUGUAGUCCCAUAAAAGUAUAAUCAGAGAUUCUUUUUCACCCAGUGACUCCAACCAUAAUGUUCAUCAACUUAUUCUUCAGAUACCGCAUAUGCAGUAACUCUGGUUUUUCAAGCCUGGACCUUGUUGCCUUCCUGUGAUGUGACAAUGUGGACAUACUGAUCAGUUGUCUGUAAUAACUCUGUAAUGACUUCAAAUCAAGAGACCUAUAUAUUAAUAAAAUAU